AUGGAGGCCGACGCCUGCGGCCCGCUGCUGCGCUUCGCGUGCACGUCGACGUCCUGCGUCGCCGCCGAUGCCGUCGUGCUGCCCAUGGACUUUCUCAAGACGCGGCUGCAACUCCAAAACGAGCUAGUGCCACCGUCGGCGCCGAAGCUCGGCCCUCUGAGCAUGGCCGCCAAGGUCGCGCGCGUCGAGGGCCCGACGGCGUUCUGGUCGGGCCUGCCGGCGGCGGCCGCGCGGCAGGCGUCCUACGGCGGCCUGUGCUUCUUCGCGUAUCCCUACGUCCGCGACGCGCUCGCCGGCGACGCGGCCGCGCCGCUCUGGGCGCAGAUCUCCGCCGGCGCGCUCUCCGGCGGCGGCGCCGCGGCGCUCGCGAAUCCGACGGACGUCGUCAAGGUGCGGCUCCAGGCCGACGGCCGCCGCGUCCUCGAGGGCCGGCCCCGGCGCUACGCGUCCGCCGCGGCCGCGGCGGCGUCGGUUUUUCGCCGCGAGGGCGCGCGCGCGUUCCUCGGCGGCCUCGCGCCGAACGUCGCGCGCGCCGCGGCCGUGAACGGCGCCGGCAUCGCCGCCUACGACUCGUCGAAGCGCGUCGCCGGGACCUUCGUCGGCGAGGGCCGACCGGUCGCCGGGGUCCUCGUCGCCGCGCUGUGCGGCGGUCUCGCGACGGCCGCGGCGGGCUGCCCCUUCGACAUCGUCAAGACGCGGCUCAUGGCGCGGGGGGCCGACGACGCGGGCGCGUACCGAGGGCCCGCGGACUGCGUCGCGAGGACCGUGCGCGCGGAGGGCGUCCUCGCGCUCUACAAGGGGUUCCUGCCCGUCUACGGCCGCCAGGCGCCGUUCAACGUGCUGAACUACGUCCUCAUGGAGUGGCUCCUCGACGUCGCGCGGCGGCGUUAG